AUGGACGCCUCAGAUACUUCAAUUGUCCAUUUUAGAGUAUUGAGCGAAAGGUUACCCUAUAGGUUACAUCAAACCUACUCCACUAGUACCAAUAGGGGGCAUAGGGGAAAAGGCACUACUCCUAGGAAUCAACAACACGAAAACUUUGGUAUAAUAUACCUUUUCUUUAUCAGGAUCGGGACUAACAAGAAUGGUUGGGACAACAAACAUCCAUCGCGUUCAUAUUUUGGAUACCCAUAUAACCAUCGAAGACUGUUGAAGUGACUAAUUCCUAGAAAUUAAGAGGCGUUGAAGGCAAAGAAAUUGUUGGAGUCACUCUUUUUUAUUUUAUCUAGUACCAACAUGCUUGAUGUUAAGGAAAGGUUUUUUACAAGAAGGUUGGCUAGAGAUUUCUUGUAAAAAAACUAGCCCCACUCAGUUUAUAAUGAGACUAUUUCAUUUCAAUCUUUGUGGAUUCCAUGUAUUAUUCUCAUUAUGCACAUAAAGGAGGAGCCGUACAAGAUGAAAAUCUCUUGUACG